AUGGGGAAGAAGGGCAAGGCGGCGGCGAGGGAGCGGCGGGAGCAGCGGCGGCAGGAGGUCACCCUACUCCGCGCCGUCCCCUACGAGCCCGGACAGCGGUGGUGGGACGGCCUCGCGCCUGAGCGCGCCGUGGCGGUGGUGACGGGGGCCAACCGCGGCAUAGGCUACGAGAUCUCCCGCCAGCUCGCCCACCACGGCCUCCACGUCGUCCUCGCCUCGCGCGACGCGGCGCGCUGCCAGGAAGCCGCAGAGAGGCUCCUCCGGGAAGCGGCGGCGGCGGGGGACGCGAGCGUGUACGUGGAGUGGCGGCAGCUCGACGUGACGGACGCCGCGUCCGUGGAGGCCUUCGCGGCCUGGACGGCGCGAACCCACGGCGGCAUCCAUAUCCUUGUUAACAAUGCAGGUGUCAACUUCAACAGAGGAGCAGAUAACUCUGUUCAAUUUGCUGACCAAGUUAUCGAGACAAAUUAUUUUGGUACAAAACGGAUGAUUGAAGCCAUGAUGCCAUUAUUCAAACCUUGUCCGUAUGGUGGCCGUAUAGUGAAUGUGAGCUCAAGGCUUGGUAGGGCCGAUGGCAGACGCAAUAGAAUUGGUGAUGCAAGCCUAAGAGAGCAACUAUUAAGCGAUGAUCGUUUGUCUGAGGAGUUGAUUGAUGGGAUGGUCAUGAAAUUCCUUGAACAAGUGAAGCAAGAUACUUGGUCCUCCAUCGAGUGGCCUCAAAUGUACACGGACUAUUCAGUCUCAAAGCUCGCUGUAAAUGCAUAUACAAGAUUCGUGGCAAGGAGGCUUUUGGACAGGCCUGAAGGCCAAAAGAUUUACAUCAACUGCUUCUGUCCUGGCUGGGUAAAGACAGCUAUGACUGGUUGGGAAGGGAAUAUUUCAGCUGAAGAAGGUGCUGAUACUGCAGUUUGGCUCGCCCUAUUACCCCAGGAACAGUCUACUAUUGGCAAGUUCUUUGCCGAGAGACGUGAGAUGAACUUCUGAGGUGACUAGUUUUUACCUCGUUAUACUCACAGCUACAGGUGAUAUAUGGCUGGCACUAUGGGGGUCUGUUGAAGAGCGACCCAGAUGUUGAAUGACUCCAGGUGGUGGUCAAAGACCACUGAAGCAUCACAUCGAUGGAAGGCCCAUGCUCUCUAAUUUUCCCAAUAAAUGAGAUCAUACCAAGUGUCUCCUGGCCAUGAAUGAAUGAAGUGGCAGAAAAAGGGGAAUGUUCACCAGGACCACCAGAAUGGCAGCAGGGUGGCACGAGCAAUGCUGGCAGGUUCCUCCCCGUACCGCAGCAAUGACCUGGACUGACUGAAGUUGCAGAUCGCAUCAUCAAGAUUUAGGCUGGAUCGCAGACAACUUCACUAUCAAUUCGCCGCUGUUUGUCUCUCGCCCAGAUGUGUUUUGAGUGGUUUUGCCAGGGUUUUGGGUCUUAAAACCGAGGUGAAGUCUAUACAACUCUCCAUGGAGUGUAUAAUGCUGCACCAACCAGAUAGACUAACUGGCCAAGUGCUUGCAAGAUUUACAGAUGCGGUAUCUGCGCGGCAAGCACAUGGAGGAUCAUAUUUGGGGAAGGUCGAACAGGUUGCAAACCUGUAAGCAUGUGUGGAAGAAAGGCGUCAGAGUCAAUGAACAGACGGCCAGAUAACCUUAUCUUCCCUAUGUGUAGAUGGAUAGCAUAUGGACAUAUCCGGCCAGGCAUAUGCACCAUUGACUGUACCCUGUGCACUGAAUCGGUCAGCCGGCCCUGCAGGGAAAUUCCGGAGCUAGCUAGGCCGGAGAGCAAGAUGAUGGUGGCUGGCUGGCUGCCUAGCUGGGCCUUGAAUGCGCCGUAUCCUGUGGGCGCCAUCGGUUUGUUUGGAUGGUCUGCUGCUGGGAGUGAGAAGCGUUGCGUUGCUGUCCAAGACCAUCUGUCUAGCUUGCAUUCUUGCUCACGUGCGGUGCUUGGG